AUGGAGAGAUUAUCUUUGGCGACGAUCGCCUCGGGUGCGCAGUAUGAGUACGCUGAGCCAGGCGCUUCGGCGGGAAGCGAGAAUAGCAUCGCAUACGACGUUGAAGACUCGAACGGCAAGAACCACCAAGGCGCCGACGUGGGCGAGAUAAAGAUCGCCGUGACAGACAACCCGCCUGAGGUCACAUCCCCUGGCGACAAAGACUGUGUGUUUCCUUGCGAGGUCACCGAGCUCAUCAUCGAUCAUGUUGACCAGCUGCAGUCUCGUGGUGUACUGCCGAAACACAUCACGGUCCAAAUCCAGCCUCCGCAGAAGACUGGCUAUUGCGGCUCAGACUCCCCAGAAGACCCCGAUGCCACUUUAUACAAAUUCUACACCUUCAUUUCCCAGUCUUCCCCAUCGAUUACCCACAGUAUCCGACUGUUACGCAUCUACAGUGGAUCGUCUCGAUACGGCCCGGUGUCUCUUGCGUCUGUUUGGGACGUAGUCAUCAAACUGCCUUCCCUCCGCACUCUUGAUAUCGCUUCCACAACAAUCGUCGGUCGUAUCCAGAAUCGGGACGCGGUUCACUCCUUUGCAUCUUUGCAAUUAAGCCAGUUCACGAAGGUUGAUAUAUACACUCUACUUGACCUGCUCUUGCUCUCUCGCAACCUAACAUCACUCAGCCUGCGCUCAACUUCAAGAGUUUACAAGUAUUCCACAGAUGGCAUCAAUGCUUACACGAACCAGGUGCCGCCAGCGUGCGUGGCCUUACGUAGCCUAGAGCUGGCCGAAAAGGGUACCAUCCCUCUAUUUGCAGGCCCUCUACUCCCCAUGCUAUCUGCGAGCACGCUGACCCGCCUUUCCCUACGCUGCUUCGUCACCAGCGGAGAUGUGGCCACGGGCGAUACCGGCAAGCUCAUUCAUCACGCUCACCGAACACUUGAACAUGUGGGUCUGAACUUGACCUCGUCGACGGUCGAUAAAGGAACACAAGAAACGGCUAGCACCGGCCUCAAUCUUGGUCUGUGCACGUCGCUAGUCUCAUUUGACCUCGCUCUGUCUUGCACAUGCAUAUUUCUGCAGCUUUUCGUUCGCACACUUUUCAACGAACUGUUCUCUCGACGCACGGAGUAUGACUCGAUCAAACUCUACACUCAAGCAUGCCACUUCACUCGAAUACCAGAGUUCGUUUGGCCUGGGGUAGUUAUGGACGCGCAAGAGCUGUAACACCUCAAGAUCGUGAAGUUUUUGUAGCAGCCAUGCCUCUGUUACAUGCUCGCGGACGGCUCUACUUCCACCCCGAUGAUGACCUCGACUCCUCUCUUCUGCGGGAUGCUUGUCACGAAUAGAUAGCAAAUAAUCUCAUCAUGCAUGAGCACAUAUCGGAUGUCCGGCAGGUAAGAGCUCUGAGCCAUCUCGUUGCAAACAGUGACUAGCGGGAGACGCUGAUUUGUCACUUCCAGUUGGCCUCAACAAGUGGCCAGAAGACGUCCACAGCUCGUUGUUCGCUGGCUCGAGAAACGCACGGCACACCAAGACAGAAGCGCGUAAUUUUGAGGUUCCUUCAACGUAUCCUGAGAGAUUUUGUAAAAUCUCAUCAAUAUUUCAGCAGGGGUGCAUGUCGCGAGCUCGUAAGACAUGAUAUGGUUGGUAGCGGCCGACGAGUUCGCGUUUGAAAAUUGACGCUACUAUAAUCUGGCGUUCUCACGAUCAGAGACUGAUUAGAAAGCUAUAUUUACUGGGUUUUACAAUACAGCUUACUUCAUAGUAAGGUCCGGUAUUCCCACGAAUACAAGUUCAGAACUCUCACGAGCA